AUGGCCACUGACAGUUCUUUCCAUCACUUCAGUCAUGGACAUCAUGACCUGGUUCUAGCCGUCGACUACAACUUCUACGGUACGCGCAUGGUCACCGCGUCAUCUGACCAUCGAUUGAAGGUCUGGGACAGAAAGGACGACGGAUGGACGGUGACCGACGUCUGGAAAGCGCAUGAUGCCGAAGUUACGGAUGUCAAAUGGAAUGGCCCCUUUGUAGGCGAGAUCAUAGGGAGCAUUGGCGAGGAUGGUCUUCUACGCGUAUGGCAGGAAGACGUGCUUGAAGCACCUCUGUCUGGUCGUCGAUUCAAGAAAAUAUAUCAGCAACCUUCGGCGACACGAGUGCCGUACAUGUCUCUGGAUUUCAAGAAUAUCGGCACAGAAACCUAUCUAGCUGUCAUUUCACGCGACGGGCAACUGACGGUCUGUGAACCAGUUGAUCACGACAAUCUCUCAGAAUGGCAAAUACUGUGGCAAGAUUAUCUUUGCAAGACUCCGCAGAGGACAGAAGAGACUGGCUUCCGUCUAAGCUGGCAUCACGAGAAGCUGCCGGCAUGGCCUGCUAUAAUGGCUGGACUCGAUCGGAAGAGUCUAUCCUUGGCUGUUUCGGUCAUGGACACCAUCAAGAUCUUCCGCAGUGACAAAGAUCGCAAGUUCUACACGGCUGCCGAGCUCAAAGGAUCGGACGCAUUGAUACGAGAUGUCGCAUGGGCAAAUGGCUCAAUGCGCGGCUUUGACGUGAUCGCAACUGCCAGCAAGGAUGGCGUUGUCCGUGUGUAUGAGUUGCACACGCCAGGUAUCUCGGAAACCUCAGCGUCGCAGCCUACAAAUGCUACAGAGGUUCGCCCUGGACUCAAGUCACCGACAUACGCCAAGCCCAAUCAGUCAGGUAUUGGCGCUGGGCUCGCUGGAGGGCCACGUAGCGGACGAAACGAGGAACAGGGACGUCCGGGCAGAGUCAACCAGGAAGCGAGACUUGCAGCUGAGCUAUCUGCUCACAGCGGUGCGGUCUGGCGCGUCGGUUUCUCGCAGAUGGGCGAUUUACUAGUAUCUACUGGUGACGAUGGACUGGUGCAAGUCUGGAAAAAAGCCAGCAACGACCAAUGGAUGCAGUAUGCAGAAGUCGAUGCAAUAAACGACAAUUGA